CGGAAGUCUGUGCUGUUCGGGGUCCUGGGGUGAAGAAGCGGCCCAGUGGUACGCGGGUGUGUUUCACUACACAUAUAGCCAAUGUCUCGGUUCAAAGGAAGGUGUGAGGUAGAUUCUCUGGCGGGCUUUAGGUCGAAAACGGCAGAACCGACUGUUCCCUGCGGACUGCUAAAGGCAGCCAGGAAAAGCGGACAACUCAACCUGUCUGACCGUGGGCUGAAAGAAGUUCCCCAGAACGUGUAUCGUCUAAAUGUUGACACACCAGAGGAGGCCCAGCAGAAUGUGUCCUUUGGAGCAUCAGAUCGCUGGUGGGAGCAGACAGAUCUCACAAAAUUGCUGCUCUCAUCCAAUCAGAUUACGUUACUGUCAGAUGACAUCAGACUGCUGCCUGGACUGAUUACACUGGAUCUUCAUGACAAUCAGUUGUGUGGUUUACCCAGCGCUUUGGGAGAACUGCAGGAUCUCCAACAGCUGCGACUUUGUCAUAAUCAGUUGUGUUCACUGCCAGUUGAGAUGUGUACUCUAAAGAACCUCCGUAGCCUCACACUGCAGCAGAAUCUGCUAGAGAACCUACCGGAGGAACUGGGACAGCUGGAGAACCUCACAGAGCUGGACCUGUCCAGCAACCAAUUGAAGGGCCUGCCCUCCAGCUUCGGGUGUCUCAUCAGCCUGCAGAAAGUAAACCUGUGUCACAACCAGCUUAGCCAUCUGCCAGACAGCUUAGCCCAGCUCACAAAUGUUAAGCUGUUGGACUGCAGUAACAAUCAGCUGACGGAGAUUCCCGAGAGCCUGUCACAGAUGCUUGCUCUGGAGCAGAUUUAUCUUAGAGACAACAAACUCCGCCUCCUCCCAAAGCUCCCUGCACCUGCCCUCAAGGAGUUAUACGUUGGGAACAACCAAAUUGAGCAGUUACAGACGGAGCAGCUGUCCUGCCUGGCAGCCAUAUCUCUGCUCGAGCUCUCGAACAACAAAAUCAAAAUAGUUCCUGAACAGAUCACUUUACUGAGCACGCUAAUCCGCCUUGACCUCACCAACAAUGACAUUACUAGCCUUCCAGUGUCGCUCAGCCUGCUGCCCAAUCUGAAGGUGCUGUCUUUGGAGGGAAACCCUUUGCGAGGAAUCAGGAGAGACCUCCUCUCGAAAGGAACCAGUGAACUUCUGAAAUAUUUGAGAGGAAGAGUCAAAGAGGAGCCUGAAAGAGCAGAUGGGGCAGAUACAGCUAUGACAUUACCCAGCCAGGCCAGAGUCAGUGUCCAUGACAUUAAAGCUCUCAAGCUAUUGGCAUACAGUGACAAGCAAGCAGGUUGUAUUCCAGAGGAGCUGUUUGAUGCUGCAGCUGAUCAGAGCAUUACCACUGUGAACUUCAGCAAGAACCAGCUGACCGCUGUUCCUCCCAGACUGGUGGAGUUCCAUGCCUCAUUGUCGGAAAUCAAUCUGGGGUUCAACAGACUGACCUGCUGUUCACCUGACAUCUGCAAGUUACUCCAGCUUGCAUACAUCGAUCUCAGGAAUAAUCAUCUGAGUGAUCUACCAUCUGAACUGAAGAACUUAACUAAACUACGCACUCUUGUUCUCAUUUACAACAGGUUCAAGUCCUUCCCUGAAGUCCUCUAUGAGAUCCUAUCCCUGGAGACUAUACUGCUCGGUAAUAACCAGGUGUCUGGGGUGGACCCUAGUCGUCUGAUGAAAUUGGCUCAUCUGUCAACACUAGAUCUGUCAAACAAUGAUCUGCUAAACAUCCCUCCUGAACUGGGCCUGUGUACCAGCCUCAGGUGUCUUGGUCUGGAGGGGAAUCCUUUCCGCACACCCAGAGCAGCUAUUGUGGCCAAAGGAACAGAUGCAUUGAUGGAGUAUCUGCGCAGCCGCAUACCAACAUGACUUCUGACCUUUUCUGAGAGAGAGAGCUCUCCACCACCACAAUCAAGACAUUCCAUACAAAUAAUUUUACACAUUUACUAAAAGUCAUGCAGACUAACAGUCUGCUUUCCAAAGAUGUUAAAGAAUAUUGAAAUAAUUUCAGUCUGAACUGCAGUGAUCUGGUUGGAUUGUUGGUCAUUCUGCAGGUGCUGCUGAAAAGUUUACUUCUCCAAAUAAAGUUGUUGCUUAUAAA